AUGCCUAAGUGUUAUUUAAGCUCUGUGAGACCUUACAAAGGAUCUUUGAUACAUGAACCAGAAGACAUAAGGCCGACACGCGGUCCGAAAGCUCUAAAUAAAAAGCAAAAGAACCUAUUAAAAUUAAAUGAAACUAUAUACCACGAUAAAGUACCUAUAUCAACGCGUUUUUACCUUCAACUACUAAAAAAGAGUCAGUUUGUACAACAUUUUAUUGAUACGGAGAAUUAUGACUACGCUUCUGAAAGUGAAAAACCGUCGAACUCUCCGGAAAGUAAGAAAAAUCUUUCCAAACGGGAUAAUGAAAAAGUUUACAAUUUACGAUCGAACGAAGCCAAGACUGAGCGUAAAGUUUUCACAGAUAAUAAGCCUAGGAAGAAAAAACAAAAUACCAAACAACAUUUUCUAGAUAAACUUAAGAAAGAUAAAAAAGAACCUCUCGCUCCAAUUAUUGAAGAAAUAAAAAGUAAAGAAACUUUUAAGCUUAAUAAAGGAUUAGAAAUUGAUAAAAUAGCGGAGAAAUUAAAGAGUUUUGUCAAAAAUAACGCUGAUGAGAAGCUUCAUAGAGAACUGUUGUUUUGUAAAGAAUCUUUUGAUGAGAAAAACGAUGAUAUCGUGAAUUUAGAUGUGAUUGUUGAAUGCGAGAAAGAAAAUGCGCCCAUCAUUGAAGAUAUAAAACCUCGUGAGUGGGAACCUCGUCCACGUCCCAACCACAUCUGCUCGUACUGCGGCAAAGGGUUCGACAGGCCAUGGGUACUCAAAGGGCACUUGCGUCUGCACACUGGGGAGCGACCGUUUCCAUGCCCUCACCCACACUGUGGGCGGACCUUUGCUGAUCGUUCCAACCUGCGCGCCCACCAGCGCACGCGCGGGCACCACGCGUGGGAGUGGCGCUGUGUGCAGUGCGGGAAGGCGUUCAGCCAACACCGGUAUCUAGAGAGGCACCGUGCAGAUGCCUGCCGGAAAUAUAAAAUGCACACACGGCACACUCAAGUUUCUUGUAACAUCCAAGUGGCGGCCUCUCCAGUGCCUUUAUAUGGUUUUAUUUGCCAUAACCCCAAAACCGACACCAUAGAAGAGCCCAUAGACUUGUCUAUGAGAAAGAAGAGGGAAGACUGU